CCUCCAGUGGCACCCAACCAAGGGCAGCAGCAGAAUAAACACCCCAGGAUGCAGAACUGCUGCCAGGCCCUGCUGCUGCUGCUGGCUGCUUGCACCCUGCCUGCCCACUGCUUGGAGUCCACCUGCCUGCACUCCUCCGAGCUGCUGCCCAUCCGGCUGCGGGAGCUGAGGGUGAAGUUUGAGGAAAUCAAGGACUAUUUUCAAUCCAGAGACGACGAACUUAACAUCCAACUGCUCAGCUCUGAACUGCUGGAUGAAUUUAAGGGGAACUUUGGCUGCCAGUCAGUGUCAGAGAUGCUGCGCUUCUACACAGAUGAGGUUCUGCCCCGCGCCAUGAAGACCAGCACCAGCCACCAGCAGAGCAUGGGCGACCUGGGCAGCAUGCUGCUGAACCUGAAGACGACGAUGAGGCGCUGUCACCGCUUCUUCACCUGCGAGAAGAGGAGCAAAGCCAUCAAGCAGAUCAAGGAGACGUUCGAGAAGAUGGAUGAGAACGGGAUCUACAAAGCCAUGGGGGAGUUCGACAUCUUCAUCAACUACAUCGAGGAGUACCUGCUGAUGAGGAGGAGGAAGUGAGCGCACGCGGCUGCUCUCAGCCCAACCCUGUGGUGUUACGAAGCACGCCGUGCUGUGCUGGGGUUCAGCCCAAGGCUUACAGCUCAGUGGCAGCUUAACGUUCAGUUUUCUAUUUAAGUGUUUUUGGUUAUUUUUUUUUUCCCUUCCAAAUGAAUUUAAUAUUUAUUUCUUUUUUUGCCUCAUACCUCAGUGUGUUUUGGUUUGUGAACUAUUUAUUGUUUACAACGUUGUGUUAUUGGUUUGUGAACUAUUUAUUGGUCAGUGCUUUGUACCAUUUAUGAUAGCGCUGUGGUAUUUGUCGCUUCAGAGCUCCCAUCCCUCUGGGGAAUGAGCCAAGUUCACCCUGAAUGCAAUUGCUCUGAGCACAGUCGUUGGGCAGCAGCAAACCCAGCUCAGGGCUCAGCAAAGCCCAACUGCAAACACCAGCUGAGCCCUCUGCUCCUCUUCUUUGCAGCUAUGAUUUAUUUAAGCAAUCAGCUCUUUCUUUCCGUAACCACGUCCCCAUCUCUGGUUUUGCACUUGCAAUUGGGCACUGAGACAUUCAGAAUCAUCACACGGCCUUGCACUGAGCAAAACGACCAGGAAUAACAGAAAGCAGGUUGGUUUUCUCCUGCUUUGCAUGGAAAGCCGUGUGGAGGAGAGCAAACAAUUCGUGACUGCCUCAGCAAUAGCUCAAUUAACCCUGGCUAUUUCCCCCAGCCUGUAUGCUGUUCCAGGUCAAAGAGAAUUAAUGGUAGGAAUUAAGCAGUUGGUUCUAAUAGAACUUGAUUUAGAGGCUGCUGUCGACUGGCUUCCAGAGCUGCUGGGUUGGACACUCUGCACUUUGAAGAAUUAACUCGGGUAGUUUUCAGUCUUUGGUUGAGUUUUAUUUAGUGUUUAUUAUAUAUAUAUAUAUAUUAAUUUUUAGAAGCUAGAGGAUAUUUAAUUCACCACCAUUUUAAGGUGGGUUGAGUAAUUUGUAUUCAAAUCCAUAGAGCCUCAUGCAGCACUGGCAAUACUUGGUUUCGUUUCUAAUUUGCAAGAGGAGGUGGAGGAACAUCCCAAGACCUGGAGGGCAUUUGCUUCUAAUAUUUAGAAGUGUUUGUGCACCAGGACGAUGAAACACAGCCAGUUUGCUGUUUGCUUUCCUGUACAUUGUAAAUUAUUGCUGAAAAGUGACUAUUUAUAUGUGAUUUGUUCUGUUUUGGUGCGUAUGGAGAUGGAAGGGCAUCCCCAUGGGAAGCAUUCCCAGUGCAGUGCCGUUGGCUCAGGGCACUGCUGGAUCCUCACUGGAAGUGGGCACAGCCCCAGCUGCUGUCACUGCAUGAGAUGCACCAUCAGUUUGCAUGGAAAGAAAGAUAUUGUUUUUGUUAAUAAAGACC